AUGGCGUUUGUUGCUCGGCUACUCCCCGGGUUGCCUAAAAUUACACGAGCAUCAAUUGAUGCCGCAACGUUAAAAAAUGUAAUAAAGUGCCAAAAUCGUCACGUCUCUCUGUCCACAAUACAGCGGUUAGGAGAAUACGAGUAUGAGGAUCCGAAAUCAGAAUCUGAGGUUGUCAAUAUCACAUAUGUGCUUCGAGACGGUACAAAAAAGAAAAUUCGCGGAAAAAUUGGUGACAAUGUUAUGUUUCUUGCGCAUAGAUAUGACAUUGAAAUGGAAGGCGCGUGUGAAGCAUCACUAGCUUGCUCGACGUGCCAUGUUUAUGUUGACCCCGCCUAUUUCGACAAGCUUCCUGAACCAUUAGAAGAAGAAGAUGAUAUGCUAGAUAUGGCUCCAGCGCUGAAGGACAAUUCACGUCUUGGUUGUCAAAUCGUUCUCACAAAGGAAUUAGACGGAAUUACCUUUGGCAAAAAUGAGUAUACCUCAAAGAAUUGGCCAGAUUGUACAGCAUUCAUGCGAAGAGCUGUUGAUGACUUCAGAUUAUUCAAUGAUGAAAUCAUCAGUUGUCGUGAAAAAUGUCAACGUGUCGUGAAAUCGUCGAAUUCUCAUGUUGAAAUCGCAAAAUGGCACGAAACCAGUGAGAAAGCCUUAUGCUUAAUGAGAUGCCGAAGAGAUCGACUUGGAACAACUAGGCCGGGAGUUAAGAAAAUGAAUACAUAUUACGAUAUGAUGGAACGCAAACCAUACCAAUAUAUGCACAUUUGCUAUUGGAAGCAAGGUGACCUCGAAAUGGCCGUCAAAGCCGCCUACACUUUCCUUGUUGCGAAUCCAUCCGAUAAGGAUAUAAUGUUAAGCUUAAAUUUUUACAUGGAGCAGGACGGAUUCAGAAGAGAAAUGCUUGUGGAUCUUGAGCGAAUGGACUAUGAGACAAAAUUCAUUUCUGGAAUUGAAGCAUAUGAUGAUCAUGACUGGUCGAAAUGCGCUCAUGAUCUUGAAGUUUCAUUGGAAAAGGCGAUGAAACAAGAUGAAAGAUGUCGACUUCUUUGUCACGAUAAAAUUGACUGGAGUGUGUUGGAAGCCAAUCCGGAUAUUGAGGUUCUUAUGACCAGCAUGAGAUCUUCGGUUUUGCGAUGCGAACACAAUUGUCUAUACAAAUUGGCUAGAAUCAAUGGGCAUUAUGUUGGGAAUUUAGUGGCCGCACACUAUGAAUAUCUUCAUUUCUGCCAGUUCAAACUGCUCAGAGGCACCGCCGCAGCUCAAUCCGUCGCCAAUUAUCUUCUUUUUGAUGAUUCGCCAUUAAUGCGAAGAAACAAAUAUUUGUACAUGAAAAAAUACAAUAAACCCGAAAUUUUCGAGCCAGAUGAGAAAAUUUUGCAAAUUUACAAGCAUCGUGAGCUGGAAAAAAGAUAUUUGGAUUUUGUUGAGAAUCGAUUUCGCAUUGAACGAAAUGAGCUUCCUCCAGAGCAGUCUGAUGAUCAUAAUCCUCUGAACAUGGAUUUCCAUCUUGAAGACAAUUUUCCGUACGAACAAAUAUCUGUUUUGAUCAAGGAGCCUGAGUGUAAGAUUCUGAGAAGUCCGCUUCCAACACCUCACUUCGAGCCACUCAUCGACGAGCUCGCAAUUCGUGUUCGAAAUAUUUGGCCUGGCGCAAAAUUUAAAACAGUGACAUGCGGGAAUGAAGCGCGUGAAGCGGAAUGUGACCGGCCAAUUGUGCUAUCAGCUGAGCAAGCAGAUUGCUCAGAAUGGCUCGGCAAAUGAAUGCCGAAUCCGCUACUUUUAGGUAUAUUAGCCAUUGUGAUAUUGUUUAAUUUGGCGGUAUGGCUGAACUCGAAUGGAAGUUCGAUUAGGGAAGUUGUCUCAAUUACAUCAACGAAUGACGAAAAAUUCGAAAAAAUAGAGAAAUUGUUGACAGAGAUUAAUGCAAAUCUUCAGAAUCUUGAACGGAAGCCUGAAUCUCAAUCAAGCGAGAAGUUUGAAGAAAUGAUCAAUGAUGUCAUUGAACUUUCAAAAAAACAAGCACCGCUUCGAAAAGCAAAACUUAAAAUGAAUGUUCCAAAACGAAAUGAUUUUGCUGAUUUGUAUGGCACUUUGGGACCAGAGGUGUUUUGUCCAAAAAAAGUUCGAAUUGGUGCGAUGGGAGACGGCGGAAAAUGGAUGUGCGAUCCGUGGAGUAUUCCUGACAAUUGUGUAAUUUUCUCAUUGGGUCUCAAUAAUAUAAUAGAUUUCGAGGAAAACAUUCAAUCGUUGCUGUCCAAUCGGUGUUCAAUUUAUGGAUUUGAUGGGAAAGAACAAAAUGUCCUGACAAAAUCGAAAUAUUCUCAACUUCGUGGAAUUCCAAAAAAGGCAUUUAUCAGUCUAAAAACCAAUAGAUCAGUGGAUCACUACAGUAUUAAUGAUCUUGUGAAAGACGCAAACGUAAAAGAUAUAGAAAUUCUGAAAAUUGAUAUAGAGCAGUCGGAACAUACUGUUCUCAUUCCAUUUUUGAAAGAAUACACAGUUUGUCAAAUUUUGAUUGAGAUCCAUGGUCCAGUUGCAGAUCAUUCGACGCUGUUACAGGAAAUCGGAGGAUUAAAGUAUCGUUUAUUUUCAUACGAAGUGAACGGCUAUGAGCUAAAAGCUUGUGAAUACAGCUUUAUUCACGAAACGUGCAUUGAUAAAUAUCAUGGGUAUCGACUAGCCAACUAUUUGGAAUAA